GUCAAUUUAUUUGUUUACUUAAACUAGAAGAAAAGUUUUAUUUUUAAAAAAUUAACUUUUAUUUUCAAUAAUGGCAAAGGCAAGAAAAAAAAUAAAAAAGAAAAUUGGAACAAAGAGCCGUCUGGAGCAACGUAAGGAAAAGCGUUUAAAGAAAAAAGAAAACAAGCGUGAGUUCUUCUCGAGAAAAAGGAAAACCAAAAAUCCUGACAGAAAUACUAAUGAAAUCAAACAUUCUAAUUCAAAUAAUGAAUUGACUAGCAAUGAUAAUGAAAUUGAGUCUGAUUUUGAGCUAAGUGAUGAUGAAUUGAAUUCCAAGCUUUCUGUUAUUACUAAAAAAAAAUCAGUUUUAAAAAAAGACAAAGCAAAUUCAAUUAAAGUGGAAAGCAAAAAUAAAGUAAUUUUUGAUCGGUUUCUAGAAAACCAAAAUCGAGAGAAAAAAAAACAAAAGGAAUUGGAAGCUAAAAUGAAAAAACGGCGAAUAAUACAGUUAGAUGAAGCUAAUGAAGAUGAAGAUAAAGUUAUAAAAAAAUUAGAGAAAAAAUUAGGAAUCAAUAAACACGCGAAUGAUAAAUCAGUACAUAAAAUGUUUAGUGAUGGUUUAGAUUAUGCUCUAGAGUUAUGUCUACCAGAAAAUAUUGAUAAAAUGUACUCUGCAGCAAAAGAAGCAGCCGAAAUUCAAGAAAAUGAAAGUGAGAAUGAAUUUCAAGAUGAUUUGUUGGUGGCUUUGGGUGGAAAUGAAAAUUUAAACGAUGUAAAUAAAAAGAAACAAACAAAAAUAAAUGGAAAAAAUACAAUUCCAAAAAAAGCUAAAAAUUACAACACAGAUUCGGAUUUGGAUGAUUUUGAUUCUGAGCUUGAAAAUGAAAUCGAUAAUAAAAACACCGGAAAUGAUACCGAAGAAAGUUUAAAUGAACAUCAAAGUAAAUUAGGUGAGGAAAGUUCUAAUGAAGACGAAUUAAAUGAAGAAAGCUCUAAUGAAAACGAAGAUGAAGUAAAUGAAGAAAGCUCUAAUGAAGAUGAACAACACGAAAGAAGUUGCGAUGACGAAGUUGAAGAUGCAUUAAAAGAAGAAAAUUCUAGUGAAGAUGUUUUAAAUCAAGAAAGUUGUAGUGAUAUUACAUUAAACGAUGAAAGUUAUAAUAAAGAUACAAAUGAUAAAAAAAAAAUUUGGGAAGAUAUAUAUGGCAGAAAGCGUGAUGCAGAUGGAAAAAUUUUGCAAGUCAAAAACGAAAAAUAUAUACCACCUCAUGUGAGAGAUCAAAUGAAUUACGACCAAAUAAAAGAUCCAAAAAAGAAAGAAAAGCUCGAUAAACUAAAACGUCAAGUGAAAGGGCUACUAAACAGGUUAACUGAGUCAAACAUUAUUAAAAUAUCAAAAGAUAUAGAAAGUUUAUACAGAAAUAAUUCACGAUUUGAUAUGAACAACAUAUUUAGUGAGUUACUGUUUAGUGCAAUUGUGAGUAAUAUUUUGUCAAAGGAGAGAAUGGUUUUGGAAUACACGAUGUUAAUAGCUAUUUUACAUGUUAAUGUCGGGAACGAAAUAAGUGCGCAUCUGCUCGAAAAUUUAAUUGUUAAAUUUGAAAAGUUAGUGGAUAAUAUCACUACUUUGGACAUCGAAGAUAAGGAAUUGGACAAUAUUGUGCUAAUUUUGUCUCAUAUGUAUACAUACAAGAUCUUUCAUUACUCUUUGGUUUACGAAAUCAUAAACCGUUUAAAUUCAAAUUUGUGUGAAAAAUCGGUUGAGUGCAUUCUUAUUAUUUUCAAAGCUGUUGGUUUCCAAAUGCGGAAAGAUGAUCCUCUAGCGUUAAGAGAUGUUAUUUUGUCUAUUCAAAAAAAAUCAGAUGAGAUCGGUGCUCAUAUACAAAAUAACUCACGAUUUAAGUUUAUGAUUGAAAUAUUGAAGGCAAUUAAAAACAAUAAUAUGUAUAAAAUACCGCAAUAUGAUCCGUCUUUAGCUGAACAUUUCAAAAAAAUUUUGAAAAACAUGUUUAAAGAUGGAAAAUAUCUAUCAACUUUGAAUAUUACAAGGAAUGACCUGUUGAAUGCUGAUAAAAAAGGAAAAUGGUGGGUAGUAGGUUCAGCAUGGUCAGGUAAUAUUAAAGAUAUAGGAGUUUCCCAACAUAGUGAAGAAAAAAGCGGUAAUAAAAGAGAAAAUUUUGCGGAACAUCUUUUAGAAUUGGCAAAAAAGCAAAGAAUGAAUACAGAUGACCGUCGCAACAUUUUUUGUAUUAUAAUGGGUUCAGAAGAUUAUUUGGAUGCGUUUGAUAAAUUGUUGCAUUUGUCAGUUAAGGACAUAAGAUUGAUCGUUUCAAUUAUUAUUCACUGUUGUUUAUCUGAAAAACAAUUUAAUCCAUAUUACGCAGUUUUAGCAGAAAAAUUUUGCUCUCAUGAUCGAAAAUAUAUGGUAGCAAUACAAUUUGCAAUCUGGGAUAGAAUCAAGGAUAUAAAUUCUUUAAAUAAACACCAAAUAGAAAACUUAGCAAAACUAGUUUUACAUUUGAUAAAAAAGGGCUCGCAGUCAAUUUCUAUCUUAAAGAUUGUGGAGUUUACUGAGCUAGAUAAAAUAACGUUAAGAUUUGUUAGAAUAAUAGUUUUAGGUAUUUUACUUGGCGAUGAAAAUGAAAUGUUACAGAUCUUUAAAAGAAUAGCUCCAAGUGCAGCAUUGAAUAACUUCAAAAGUGCAAUUGUGCUUUUUAUUCGUCAUUUUUUACUAAAGGGGACUGGAAAAAAUUACGUAGCAAAUGAUCAAAUAGAAAUAUUGAAUCAAAGAAUAGAUGCCGUUGAAGGAAUUAUAUUUAAUAAAAAUUUUAUAUAACACACAUGUCAAU